AUGGUGAAAUCCAACGGCGCGCGUUCCAUGGGAGACUCCAACGGGAGUCCGGCCCAGCAAGGCCCACGCUACCGCGUCAUCCUCCACGCUGUCGCUCCGGCCGGUGAGAGCCAGCGGCCCGUUCGCGCUGCCGGCCAGGUCCAUGCUCUCGCCGGCGGAGGCGGCGGCCGCGGCGGCGGCCACCUGAGUCCAGCCCAGAAUGCUGUUCUGGCCCAGAUUCGCCGGCCCAGCAGGAACCCCUGGAGCCGCACCGUCCCGUCGCCUCGCCCGAACGGCGGGAGCUUCCGCGUCAUUGACACCAGCUUCAGUCCGGAGCACGAGCCUACGCCGCCGCCGCCGCCGCUCGUCUCGGCGCGUCAGUCUGUUCUGUCGCCGUGUCCCGUAUCCGCUGUGUUCGCGUGGCCUGUGCCGCCGCGUGGGUGGACCGUGUCAUCGACUACCGGCCGCCACCGCUACGUCGGCGCGAGCUCGUCGUCUUCUGUACCACCGCGCGGGCGCGCGCCUGCGGCGGCUGCGGCUGCUGCGCCAGCCGCGCCUGAUCCGGCUACCGGACGACACCGCUACGUCGGCGAGAGCUCGUCGUCUGCUGCACCGCGCGCGCCUACUCCUCCACCCGCUGCUGCUCCGCUGCCCGCGCCUACUGCCCCUCCCGCGCCUGCUCCGGCUACCGGCGGCCACCACUACGUCGGCGAGAGCUCGUCGUCUGCUGCACCGCGAGCGCCCACUCCUCCACCUGCUGCUGCUCCGCCGCCCGCGCCUACUGCCCCUCCUGCGCCAGCUUCGCCACCCGCGCUUGCUGCCCCUCCUGCACCAUCUUCGCCGCCCGCGCCUGCUCCGGCUACCGGCGGCCACCGCUACGUCGGCGAGAGCUCGUCGUCUGCAGCACCGCGCGAGCCUACUCCUCCACCUGAUUCCGCUGCGCCACCCGCCCCUCCUGCGCUGCUGUGCAUGCUGCUGGCCGGGCAGCAGGUGCUGCACGAGGUUCGUCCCCCUACCGGGCCGGCGCGUGCGCGGCUGGCGGCCACCGCGCCGGAGGACGCGUUCGAGGAGUACCUCGUGGAGCGCGGCGUGAUAGAAGCCCCAGUCGACGCCGUUCCUUGGCGGGUCGUCGGCGGCAGCGAGGAGGCCGGCAUCGUCGUCAUGGCAGGCCCUGUCCGCGACAGGGCGAAGCUGGAGGCCGCGGAGGCCAGGGAGCGGCGCAAGAACAGGAUGGAAAAGAGGAAGGCCGCCGCCGCAGCUCGCGCGCAGCAGCCGCCGCCGCCGUCAGAUGCUCCUGGGAGCUCAGGUGGCCAGAACAAGAAGCGUGGAUGUGAUGGCAAGAAGAAGGAGCAAGCUUGA